AUGACAGAAACUGACCCUGUAUCUACGAUUUCAGCGGCUGACCUCGCCAUCUGUGUGAAAGUUCUCUUAAAAUUUCAAGCUAACGAUGGAUAUCCAUCAAUGACAUCGAGUGAAUACAAUCUCAUUCGACCAUUAAUCCAUGAUUUGUACACCAAGGAACAGCGAGUUUCUCGAAAGAAGACCAAAGACGAUCGUCGGCGAAUUCGACAACUAGAUCAAACUGCGAAAAACACUUGUUUGCUUCGAUUGGGUCGAGCUCAAACACUUCAACAGCUCGAAUUGAAGGAUGUUCUCGUCCCGGAUGGCGUUGUGCAAAUCGGAAGCCAGGAAACGUGUGCUGACUUUUCUCAGGAAUUGCUUCAGCCAGAUGCGUGCUACGUCUGUAAAGCAAAAUAUCGAACAUUACACUUUUUCUACGAUCGACUCUGUCCAUCGUGUGCAACGUUUAAUUAUGAGAAACGUUUGCAAACAACAGAUCUGUCAAAUCGUGUAGCUCUAGUCACCGGUGGUCGAGUGAAAAUUGGCUUUCGAGUCGUUCUGAAAUUAUUACGUGCGAAUUGUUUUGUGAUUGCGACAAGUCGCUUUCCGAUGGACUUUCUGCAUCGUUUGCACAAAGAACAAGAUUUCGAGCAAUGGAAGGAUCGUAUACAUGUGUAUGGUGUUGACUUUCGAUAUUCACAAUUAGUGGAAUUCUUCACAGAAAUGAUUCUCGAAAAAUACCACCGACUAGAUUUUUUAAUCAAUAACGCAUGUCAAACAAUCCAACGGCCUAAAGAUUACUAUCAAUAUUUGUAUAAAAAUGAAAGAUUGACGAAUUAUUCACUUUUACCAAAUGAUCAACAGAACAUUCUCGAAGGAAAUUUACAAUUCUAUCAACGUUUAGUUCCACUUUCUAACCGGAUUCAGAAUAUAUCAGACUGUCUAGCUUUACCUUCGACGAAUAAUCAAUCGAAUGGUACGAUUGAACAAACAUCGUCAAUCACUAGCACAGCUACAUUCGAUGUGAAUCAACAGCCGAUUGAUCUUCGCACGACUAACUCGUGGCUAUUACGCCUCGGUGAUGUAUCAGUCAACGAAGUCAAUGAAGUUCUGACGAUCAAUACUCUAGCACCAUUUAUUCUCAACAGUAAACUAAAAAUUUUAAUGGCUGACCGUCAUCCAAACGAAAAUGAUAUUAAGUUUAUUAUCAAUGUGUCAGCUAUGGAAGGUUCGUUUUCUCGUUUGAACAAAAGUGAUCGGCAUCCACAUACGAAUGCUGCGAAAGCAGCCUUGAACAUGAUGACACGAACGUCAGCGAUGGAUUAUCAAAAAUCAAACAUCUACAUGGUUUCAGUUGAUACAGGUUGGAUUAAUGAUGAAGACCCUCCGGAAAAAGCGAUGAAGAAACUGCUCAAACACAAUUUUCAGACUCCGCUCGAUGAAGAAGAUGCUGCCGCUCGUAUUCUUGAUCCAAUUAUUGAUACUUAUCGACAACUAGCUGACGGAAAAGUUGAUCUUGAUAUUCCUUACGGAUGUUUUCUAAAAGAUUAUCAAUCAUGUAAUUGGUAA